AGCCCCAACCAUGUAGAGGAGGGCGAGACUCCCGAGGGCCCCUCCGGCAGGGCCGAGGAACUAGACGGUGCCCUGGAGGUGAAUGGCAUGCAAGGCCGGGAAGAAGAAGAGGAGGAGGAGGAAGAGGAGGAAGCAGCCGCCCCCCCAGCGGGAGGGACGCAGAGCCUGCUGGCGGCGCCGGCCGAGGAGAAGCAAGAGCAUGACAUCUCCCUCUUCGUCAAGGCUGGAAGUGAUGGGGAAAGUAUUGGAAACUGUCCAUUUUCUCAGCGCCUCUUCAUGAUUCUCUGGCUAAAGGGUGUUAUUUUUAAUGUUACAACUGUGGAUUUGAAACGGAAGCCUGCAGAUUUACAGAAGUUAGCUCCAGGAACAAAUCCUCCAUUUAUGACUUUUAAUGGUGAUGUGAAAAUAGAUGUGAAUAAAAUUGAAGAGUUUCUAGAAGAAAAGUUAGCACCACCAAGAUAUCCCAAACUUGGACCAAAUCAUCUGGAAUCUUACUCUGCAGGGAAUGAUGUGUUUGCUAAAUUUUCUGCCUUCAUAAAAAACACAAGGAAAGAUGCCAAUGAAAAUUUAGAAAAAUCACUGCUCAAGGCUUUAAGGAAGCUAAACAACUAUUUAAAUACCCCUUUGCCUGAAGAAAUUGAUGCCUAUAGCACUGAAGAACUCACUGUCUCAAGAAGGAAAUUCCUAGAUGGGGACGAACUGACUUUAGCAGAUUGCAAUCUCUUGCCAAAACUCCAUAUUAUCAAGGUUGUGGCAAAAAAAUAUAGAAAUUUUGAAUUCCCAUCUGAAAUGACAGGAAUCUGGAGAUACUUGAACAAUGCAUAUGCUAGAGAUGAAUUCACUAAUACUUGUCCUGCAGAUCGGGAAAUAGAAUUUGCCUACUUGGAUGUUGCAAAAAGAAUGAAAUAAAUGUGAGAAUCUUCUAUUGCUGUAUUUCUUCCAUGAGCUUCAUCUGAAAAAGAAGAAAGAAAUUUCCAAUAAUGUUCAAGAAGUUCUAAAGGUGGCCAUUCCUCUUCACAUAAUAAUUAUUUUAUGUACUCAUUCAAGUAUAGUGUAAUUGUAUCUAUGUCAUCUUACAUGUAUAUGUACCUGCACACAAAUUUUAUAUGUAUUAUGUUUAAUGGAUCAAAGCUCAAAAACAUUUGCAAAAAAAUCUAAUCUAGAUUACAGAGCAACUAUAGUGAUUACACUUUUGAUAUAUGGGAGCACCAUAAAUACAGCAGAAGCUGUGGAAACUGUCUAUCUGUUGCUACACUUGCAGCUCAUGUGGACAGACUGGUGUAUAAAACCUGUGAAAACCUGGCUUUAUAUAGCCAUUGUGUAUUGCUGCCCAUUCAAGUUCAGCAGCCUUAGUGUAUCAACCCCAGCUAAUUUGUAUUCAGAAAGCUAUUUACAUACAGCCAGCACUGUUAGCAGGAUUUGGUACAGCCCACAUGGCAUUGAAGUCAAUGCAGAAACACCUAUGGAUUUUAAUCAAUAUGCAUUGUGCUGUUUCCAUGAUCAGAGCUACUUCAAAUAUUGUAAAAAAAUGGAGUUUGCAGGAUCUGUCAUUUUGGUUGUUCCAUGAGUUUCAUCCAGGUGUAGAAACUCUUGAGUAUGUGUUUAUCAUAUGCUUUUUGGCCCUUCCAAAUAUAAUA